UUAAGCAUUUUUAGUUUAAAUUAUUACGAAAUUACGAUUCAGUUUGUUGUGGAAACUUUCUUAACGUUAUUCAUUGACUGUACAUUAAAUUCUUGGCAGCAUCUGCAUUGAAAAUGUCAGAGGAAAUCGUAGAAAAUAUUAAAAUUUUUUCAGAUAAUUCAUUAGAUAAUGCUGAAAUGGACGAAAUUCUCGAGAAUGACGAGAAAAACGAAGUCUACACACAAACUGAAGAAACUAGCAUCGAUGAUGAACAAAUGGUAUUUCCAGAAUAUCAAUUUGCAUGCAAAAAACAUAAGCUAACCCAAUUCCCCCCUGAAGAAAUCAAAGUAAAUGUAUCAGAUAGCGACCAUAAGGUAGCAUUACUUCACCAAGCCAUUAAGAAAAAUAAUGUUGAUCUAGUAAGAGAGCUGUUAGAUUCGGGAGUAGAUCCCGAUGCUCAAGAUAUUUCUACUGGUAAGCUUCCAUUAAUUGAAGCUACUAAUAAAGGAUACUCUAAUAUUGUUAAAGCCUUGCUGAUUGCUCACGCCGAUGUUAACCGCACAAAUAUUCAGGGUACGACGGCACUUCACGUGUCUGUAGAUGCGAAAAAUUUCAACAAAGAAAUUCCUCAACUGUUCCUCGAGAGAAGGUAUGCCAAUUAUAAUAUUCAAGAUAAAGUACAGCAGAAUACCCCAUUGCAUAUAUUGGCACGCUUAGUCGUUUCUAUGAAGCAUUCGAAACAGGAAACGAUGCUGGAUUUACUAGAAGAUAUGAUCCCGCGUUGUGACUUAAAUUUGAAGAAUAAAAACGGAAAUACCGCAUUGCAUAUUCUGGCUCAAGGGAAAAGAGAUGAUGAGGAUGCUGUUAGAAUCUUUCUGAAUAGAAAACCUGAUAUAAAUUCUCAGAAUCAACUCGGAGAAACACCAUUGGCUACCGCUAUCGAUCACGGGAAUUUGAAGAUGGCCUCGAUCAUCUUGGAUCACGAUGUCGACUUAACAAUUAGAGACAGAUGCGAAUAUACUUUCCUACAUUACGCUGCUAAAAAGAAUGCGCCAAAAAUUGUAAAAAAAUUGUUGGAAAAGGGAGCUGAUCCGAAUGCUCAAGAUCCCUACGGAGACACUGCUUUGCAUAUUGCAGCUGGAAGAGGAUUUCACGAAGUAGUCUCUGAGCUGAUCCAGAAUCCCAAUAUAGAACUCGAUAAACAGAACGAAGGUGGAUAUACUCCCUUGUUAUGUGCAGUCGACAGUGGAUUCCUGAAAGUAGUGAAGAUAAUGAUCGAAGCUGGAUGCGAUCGUAAUAUAAAAUCGAGAGAUACAAAUAAAACUAUUAUGGAUAUAGCGGAAGAACAAACAAAAAGAAACAAAAAAGAUAUAUAUAAUUAUUUAAAAUCCUUGGAGAAAAAAGAUUCUGAACAUGAAUCUAGUGUUGUUACUUCGUCUGAGUUGAUUUCUGAACAUGUAUCAGUAACUAGAGCUGAGGCCCAUACACCGAAGGAAGUAUUGGAUAUUUUCUCGCCAGAAGAUAAAUUAGGUGCGAUUUCACCACAAGAUGAAUUCGAGAAAGAAAUAACUGUCGCAACUCCAGAGGAUAAAUCGGAUAUUAUUUCACCAAAAGACGUAUCUGGAGUUAGCACACCAAAAGAAACACUAGAACCACUCUUACAGACGGAAAAAUCUGGUGAAAGCACUCCAAGGAAAAGUUUUGGCAUUAGUUCACCAAAGGAUAAAUCCGGUGCUGCUUCACCAAAGGAUAAAUCCGGUGCUGCUUCACCAAAGGAUAAAUCUAGUGUUGCUUCACCAAAGGAUAAAUCCGGUGCUGCUUCACCAAAGGAUAAAUCCGGUGCUGCUUCGCCAAAGGAUAAAUCUAGUGUUGCUUCACCAAAGGAUAAAUGGUGCUGCUUCACCAAAGGAUAAAUCUAGUGUUGCUUCACCAAAAUAUAAAUCCGGUGCUGCUUCACCAAAGGAUAAAUCUGGUGUUAGUUCACCAAUAGCUAAAUCAGGUGUUAGUUCACCAAUAGAUAAGUCAGGUGCUGCUGAGGCUGCUAUACU